AUGGAGGAGUACGCCCGAGAGCCCUGUCCGUGGCGAAUCGUGGACGACUGCGGCGGCGCCUUCACCAUGGGCGCCAUCGGCGGCGGCGUCUUUCAGUCGAUCAAGGGCUUUCGCAAUGCGCCCAGCGGCUUCAGCCGUCGACUGGCUGGAUCGUGGUCCACCGUGCGCACCCGGGCGCCCGUCAUUGGCGGCAACUUCGCCGUCUGGGGCGGCCUCUUCAGUACAAUUGACUGUACGAUGAUUUACCUGCGCAAGAAGGAGGAUCCCUGGAACUCCAUCACCUCGGGCGCACUCACCGGCGCGAUACUCUCAGUGAGAAAUGGAGCAGGUGCAAUGGUCGGCUCAGCAAUCAUCGGCGGCGUCCUCCUGGCGCUGAUCGAGGGCAUGGGCAUUCUCUUUAUGCGCUACACCUCAGAGCAGUUCAAGCCCCAGAAUCCCCUGGAAGAUCCCACUCAGCUGGGUGCCGUCGCCGGUAUUGACGCCUCCUCGUCGACGCCACUCUCUGGCCCCUUUGCCAAUCCGCAGUAUCAGUAA